CGCCGCGCACGCGCACGCGCACUGGCCGGCGGCGCGCGCCGAGCGGGGGGCGCCGCGCGGUGCAGCCACGAUGGAAGGGGGUGCGUACGGAGCUGGUAAAGCCGGGGGCGCCUUCGACCCCUACACCCUGGUCCGGCAGCCACACACCAUCCUGCGUGUCGUGUCUUGGGUGUUCUCCAUCGUGGUGUUCGGCUCCAUCGUGAAUGAGGGCUACCUCAAUAGCCCCUCGGAGGGCGAGGAGUUUUGCAUCUACAACCAGAACCCCAACGCCUGCAGCUACGGUGUGGCGGUGGGCGUGCUGGCCUUCCUCACCUGCCUGCUCUACCUGGCCCUGGACGUCUACUUCCCCCAGAUCAGCAGCGUCAAGGACCGCAAGAAGGCCGUCCUGUCUGACAUCGGUGUUUCGGCCUUCUGGGCCUUCCUCUGGUUCGUGGGCUUCUGCUUCCUGGCCAAUCAGUGGCAGGUCUCCAAACCCAAGGACAACCCACUGAACGAAGGGACCGACGCAGCCCGGGCCGCCAUCGCCUUCUCCUUCUUCUCCAUCUUUACUUGGGCGGGCCAGGCCGUGCUGGCCUUCCAGCGGUACCAGAUUGGCGCCGACUCGGCCCUCUUCUCCCAGGACUACAUGGACCCCAGCCAGGACUCCAGCAUGCCUUACGCCCCCUACGUGGAGCCCACCACAGGGCCGGACCCCGCCAGCAUGGGCGGCACCUACCAGCAGCCAGCUACCGCCUUUGACACGGAGCCACAGGGCUACCAGUCCCAGGGCUACUGAGCCUCAGUGACCGCCUGCCCCAACCCCACCCUGCACCCCCAGCCCUGCCCCGCCCCACCCACACCCCGCCCAGCACCUCCACACCUCCAGGUCACUCCAUGGAGGCUAGGGUGGCUCGGGGCAGGGAUGGGGCACCAGGUGUGGGGGUGUCUACCUGUGUGUACCAGCGUGUCCGAGCCCAGCGGGGGCCUAGAGGGUGGGACUGGGGACAGUGCAUUCAUUCCCUGUGCCCACAAGCACUCACUGAGCGCUGCUGUGUGCCAGGCCCAAGCUCAGCAUAGGGGUGAGAGGUAGCGCUGGUCCCUGGAAAGGGGAGGCCGAGAUGUGGAGUGGCUCCAUCAGUACCAAGGUGGGAAUGGUGGGAUAGAGACAGGUGUGGUGCCUGGAAGUCUGGCCACAGGGGCUCAAUCCCAGCAUUCGGGCUGGCAUCCCUAGAUCCCCCUACAGCAGGCCUGCUGGGCUUGUCAGGGCUGUCCCCACUGCACGGUUGAGGAAACCAAGGCCUGGGGAGAACAAGGUCACUCACCCCGGGCACCUCAGGCAGCUGGCGUAGGGGCGAGGCCACACCCAGGCCACCCAGACCCCCAGCGCCUGCCUGCUCCUCCCUGUCCUCGUGCCACCCCCCACCCAGAGCCUGGGGCUCCACCGCUCGGUGUUAGCCUCACUGUGGGGGACUUGCGGACCCCAGCCCGAUGAGACACGCUGAUUCUGCUGCAAGUCAGCUCGCUCUGCCCCAGCCGCACACCCGCCCCGUCACUCACUGUCCCUGUGCUCUGCCUGUUCCCCGAGUCCCUCAGGGGCUCAGCAGCCCCCUCUGUGGCCUCUCCGGACUGCUCACUGUCCUCGCCUCUAGCAGGGGCCCUGAGUCCUCCCCAGGGCAGGUGGACAAGGAGGCCCAGGGCUCUUCUAGUGAGCGGCGGCACUGGCUUCCGGCCUCCGUUUCUUACCUGGUCAGCCAGCAGGUGCAGAUUCCCCACCCUUGUGACCUCCCUGGAAAGGAAUGCUACCUAGGACACAGUCGGGGCGUCAGGCUGGAUUCGGGGCUGGAGCCCUGUGGGCGUGGGGAGGUCUCUGGGAGCAGUCGGGGUUCGGAGUCACAAGGCCGAUGGCGCACAGGCCCAUGGGGUGUGCUGCCCCAGGUGAGCAGAGCGGGAGAGGGGAAGCGACAGUAAAGGCCCAGAGGGGGAGCAGCAGGCAGCACUGCACAGGCACGGUCGACCUCAAGCCUCUCGGGGCAGGAGAGCAGCACGUCUGCCCAGCACACACGGGGGAGCAGAGCAGAGGAGCUGUGAGUGGCCCAUGAGGACGGGGUCCCACCACCAUCACCCUCAGCCUCCCAGGAUCCAGCGAGUCAGGUCGCUUGCUGGCCCUCUCUGGCACCUGGGCUGGGGAGCCCCAGGAUGUGUGGUCCCUGCCUCCCGGAGCGCCUGGUCUGUUCGGGAGGAUAAGCACUGAACGGUGUGGAGUCCGUGGUUGGUGGGACGCACAGUUCACAUGCACUGGGGCCCCGAGGGUGGCAGGAGUAGUGGGGAGGUGGGGCGCUUCUAGGCAGACACCUAGUGUCUCUCUCCCCACUUAGGCGAAGGGGAAAACGAUUCUGAGCACAAGUGAGUAUCCGUGAAGCACAGGCGUGAACUCACCUGGCUCAGGCCCCGCAAAGGCAGCAGUGAUGGGAGAGGACCUCACGUGUUGCUGAGUCCCACUUUCCACUUCUGGAGAAGGGGCUCCGUUGACUGUCCCCCCAGGUGGCUGGAGUGGGGACAGCACGGGGACCGGUUACCUCUGCCCUGAGCAUCCCCAGUGGGCCCGUGGUGGCUGUGGGAGUGUUUCCAGCACGGCGAGGUUCUGUGCCCGCUGUGGGAAGCCGGGACAGGUCCCAGCCCCACCGGACUCUCCCCUGCUGUGGGCCCAGCGAGACUCCAUCUCUCCUGCUGGGUGCCAACCAGCUGCUGGCAGUGCCAGGCCGGGAGGCAGGGUGCCCUUGCCCUUCACCUGAUCCUGGGUGUGUAUUGCAGACUGGCCCCGCUGCCCCAGGCUGUGGGCAUUUACAAGACCCCUGCCAUGCGUGGGGGUGAUGCUGAGUCAGCUCAAUAAGCACCCCUCAACCCUCGCUCCUGAGGUACAGCCUGGAUACAGGCUCCCAGCAUGGUCCGCCACUGGGCAGGGACCCGCGAUGGAGGAGGGAGGCAGGGCAGAUGGGACGAAGAGCUGCUGACUCCACUACUGGGAGGUCCCUAGGGGGCCCCAAGCCCACAGGCCAGCAGCAUCUAGCACCCCUCCUCCACUCCCCCUGCUUCCCCUUGCUCCCACACUGUCCGGGGGGAGAGGCCCCUUGCAAGCCCUGUGGAAUUGGGACCCCUUCUCAUCAAGCACAAGAGAGGGCGCAGGACACCAGGGUUCCACACAAGUUUAGAAUUGCAAGAGCCUUUAGAAAGGUUAGAGCUGGGACAGGAAGUGUCCUAGGUAAAGCACAGAGAGGUGCAGAGCCCGGGCUCCAGCCUUCUACGUGGACACAGGCCGCCAUGGCUCCUGACAUACCUGGGAGUGUGGUAUUGGUGGGCAGACUCCCAGGGAACCAGCAUCGGUUCCUCACUCCAUCCUGCCCUGGUGAUUCUUGAUCUGCAAGGACUCUUGGGAUCCCUGGCUUCUCCCAUGUAACCAAGACCCUCUACUUGUUACUUUGGGGGACCCUAACCUUGGCCCAAGAUCCUUUUGAUUCUCCAAGGAACAAGAAAGGGGAAUCCCCACCCUAGAGUUUAUGGAGGGUGGCCUGGUCCAGCCGUCUCCCAGCGCUGCCCCUACCCCAGCACCCCACACCCUGGUGCCCACAGCCCUUGUCUGGGUGCCUGGCCCCUUUGCAGCGUUACUGCCUGUGUAUAGUAUAAAUAUAUAUAUUUUCUAUAUCUAAGAUGUAUAAUAUAAGGCUCCACAAAUAUAUCUGUGUGCGGUGAAGGGCUGGCCCUGUCCUGGCCCCUGCUCUCGACCCCCACCACCUGGUUAAGUCUCUCGAGUGAAUCCAGUGGCCCUGUGGCCCCCUCCUUUAUGACAUCCGUCCAUUUGUGGUGAACCAAGUGAAGGUGGUGAUUCCUGGUGACAUAGUAAUAAAGUGAAGACUCAGAACCCACCAGCGCA